CUGAAAGGCGGAGGGGCUGAAGUGGAACAUGGAGGGAGAGGACAUGGGACAUAACACGUUUACUGCAAUAUCAGUGAUUUAAGAGUUGGAAGAUGAGCUAUUUGAGACACUUGGUGCACAGCAGGUGCUUGCUAAGGCGAAGUCCAUUCACUAGUGUGAGCACACCGGUCUGCUGCCACGGGAGUCAGCCCAGCCUGUUCAGCACGACCAGAAGCAGCCUGACGGUGAUGCCAGCCUGGGUCAUUGAUGCAUAUGGAGGCAAUGACGCGCUGCGCUUCACCAGGAAUGCCAGCUUCCCCGUCAUCAACUACCCCAAUGAGGUCAUCGUCAGAGUGCACGCAGCGGGACUGAACCCGCUUGACGUCAGCAUGAGAGGUGGCUACGGCGCCGCCACCCUGUCUAUGAAGAGAGACCCUCUGCAUAUCAAGCAGUCGGGCAGCGAGUUCCCUCUCAUCCUGGGCAGAGAUGUGUCCGGAGUCAUCAUGGAGUGUGGCCUGGAUGUGAAGUACUUCAAAGAAAGGGAUGAGGUGUGGGCGGCCAUCCCACCUUGGAAGCAGGGCAGCUUGGCUGAGUUCGUGGUGCUGAGUGCCAACGAGGUAUCCCACAAACCAAAGUCACUGAGUCACAUAGAGGCAGCAGCCGUUCCCUAUGUGGCAACCACAGCCUGGUCGGCACUGGUCAACACCGGUGGGCUCAGUGAGGUCAACUGUGCCAAGAAGCGGAUAUUGAUCCUCGGAGGGUCUGGGGGAGUGGGAACAUUUGCUAUACAGAUGCUAAAGGCUUGGGGAGCCCACGUGACCGUUACCUGCUCCCAGAAUGCAGAGCGGUUUGUGAGGGGCCUGGGGGCGGACCACGUGGUGGACUACACCGCCGGGCGUGUCGAGGAGCCGCUCAGUGCGCUGGAGAAAUUUGACCUGAUCCUGGAUAACGUUGGAGGGGACACGGAGCGCUGGGCGCUGAAUCUGCUUAAGCCUUGGUGUGGCGCCAAGUAUGUCACCCUUGUCACACCGUUCCUCCAGAACACCGACCAGCUGGGCAUUGCUGACGGCAUGAUGCAGACUGCUGCCACGGUGGCCACCAAAGCACUCAAGCACCUACUCAAAGGAGUUCACUACCGAUGGGGGUUCUUUGCACCUAGCGGUCCUGCCUUGGAUGAAAUAAGGGAAAUGGUAGAUGCAGGACAGAUACGGGCUGUGGUGGAGGAGACUUUCAGCUUUUCCCAGGUUCCUCAGGCCUUCGACAAGAUGGAUAAAGGUCACGCACGCGGAAAGACUGUGGUGCAGAUCAGUGAAGGGGGAGAUGACUUAUAGCACUGCCUGUAGAGACUCUGUACAUCUUUAUGUACACCCGUGAAAGUGAAUUAAAGCUUAUUGUAUCCACAGGUGCAAACGAGGUACGAGAACAGGGUUAUUGUUUCUUAUUAUUGUUUUUGGGGUUUAUCAUUUUUUUACUGGCUGGAAAAAUAAAAUAAU